AUGUCGCCGGUGGUCAGCAGGAUGUCCCCAGUGGUCAGCGGGAUGUGGCCGGUGGUCAGCAGGAUGGCGUUGGUGGUCAUCGAGGUGUCGGUGGUCAGCAGAACCUCGCCAGUGGUCAUCGAGGUGUCGGUGGUCAUCAGGAUGUCCCCAGUGGUCAGCGGGAUGUGGCCGGUGGUCAUCGAGGUGCCGGCGGUCGUCGAGGUGCCGGCGGUCAGCGGAAUCCCGCCAGCGGUCAUCGAGAUGUCGCCGGUGGUCAUCGGAUUGGUCAUCGAGAUGUCUCCAGUGGUCAUCGGGGUGUCUCUGAUGGUCAUCGAGAUCUCACCAGUGGUCACCAGGAUGUCACCGGCGGUCAUCGAGGUGUCCCCAGUGGUCACCAAGACCUCACCGGUGGUCAUCGAGAUGUUUCCAGUGGUCAUCGAGGUGUCCCCAGUGGUCACCAGGAUGUCACCGGUGGUCAUCGAGAUGUUUCCAGUGGUCAUCGGAUUGGCGCUGCUCGUCGGGGUGUCCCCAGUGGUCAUCGAGGUGUCCCCAGUGGUCAUCAGGAUGUCCUCAGUGGUCACCAAGACCUCACUGGUGGUCAUCGAGAUGUUUCCAGUGGUCAUCGAGGUGUCCCCAGUGGUCAUCAGGAUGUCCUCAGUGGUCACCAAGACCUCACCGGUGGUCAUCGAGAUGUUUCCAGUGGCCAUCGAGAUGUUUCCAGUGGUCAUCGAGAUGUUUCCAGUGGCCAUCGAGGUGUCCCCAGUGGUCACCGAGAUGUCCCCAGUGAAACCCCAAAAAUCCCCCAAACCCCCCUCCCUGCCCAACACCUGCGGCCAGUGCUGGCAGAGCUUCGGCCAGAGCUCGGACCUGGUCAAGCACCUGCGCAUCCACACGGGCGAGAAGCCGUACGCCUGCGGCCACUGCGGCAAGCGCUUCAACGUCAGCUCCAACCUGAUCCGGCACCGCCGCAUCCACACCGGCGAGCGGCCCUACGGCUGCGGCGACUGCGGCAAGAGCUUCACCGACAAGUCCACGCUGAGCCAGCACCGGCGCAUCCACAGCGGCGAGAAGCCGUACGGCUGCGGCGUCUGCGGCAAGAGCUUCAGCCGCAGCUCGCACCACAAGCGGCACCAGCGCACCCACGGCAACGGCGCCGCCGCGGCGCUGCCGCUCUGGGCCUGCUGA